CAUACCAACCCGGAACGCCAGAGUGUUUCACAACAAGGUCUUUUCGUAGGACAGAAAAUUUUGCCACGAAACAGACACACAGACGGGGCGAAAUCGUAUAUUUUUGUACGGUUUGUAAUGAAAAGCUGUCCAAGACACCAGUAAAUGGCCAGGCAAGAAGCAUGGUGACCUAAUUUGGUGUGCACAGAAGGAUGCAGACUCUCCUCCUCCUCCUCCUGCUCUCUCACCUGACAGGUGUGCUGCCCUCACCUGUGGACACGACCAACCGCACAGACGUGGGGGGGUUGGUCCAGGAUCACCACAUCGACCUGGACUGGCUGGGGACCCUGCUGAAGGGAUUUGGUCCUGUGCUUGUUCCCCAGCCAACACCAUCCAGACAAUCUGCAGUAUCUGAUGAUGCUGAUGACAACCAAUCAGAGAGCAGAGCUAAUGGUGAUGUUGGGGAUGACAGCCAAUUAGAGAGCAGGGCUGAUGCAGAUGUUUCGGAUGACAGCCAAUCAGAGAUCAGAGCUGACGCAAAUGUUGGGGAUGACAACCAAUCAGAGAGUAUAGCUGAUGCAGAUGUUGGGGAUAACAGCCAAUCAGAGAGCAGAGCUGGUGCAGGUGUUGGAGACCCACCCAAAGAGGCGACCCUGAUCAGAAAGCCACUCUCUGUUGACUCAGACUUUCUGGAAGCACUACUGGCAAAUGAAGAUGAAGAAGACAUAACAGGCAAAGACUGGAACUAUGGACAACUGAACCAUGAUGAUAUAGAGAACAGGAUAGAGGAAGGUGCCACUGAGAACUAUGCUGCUGAAAUCGAGGGGUUAGUUGCAAAUGCCAAUCUUGAAAAUUCUAGGACUGAUGAUGCCAUUGCUGCCACUGAAAGUUCUGGUGGUAAAAUUAGUGAGUCAGUCACAGCCACCCCCGGACAAGAUUUUACAGACGACAAGGACGAAGGAAAUACAGAUGCUGAUGAAAGUGCAAGUUUGAAUUCUGUAGAAGACCAAGACACUGAAAUUGACAAUGCUAUAGAUGAAAGUCCCGAGGAAGAUCUAGUCCUUGGGACAGGAACUCCUGCCAUAUCCAGCUGGUACAACAGUGAGGAGUUUUAUGACGACCUUUACCCUUACACCGGGUGGGAGGACCCGGGGGAGGGAUGGGGCUGGCCGGUGUUGCCCACCGAGGUGCCUGACACGACGCCAGAACAGAUCCACAUCUCCUGGGGCAACGCCUCCAGUCAGAUGGUGGUCAUGUGGUCCACAAGGUCUCGUGGGAUAGGAAGGGUGCAGUAUGGGAUAGCGCCAGGGAACUACAGCCAAGAGGUGGCUGCAGAGUACAGCUACUUCUGGUACGGAAACAACGAGGGGCUUCAGCACGUGUACAGGGCAGUUCUCACGGAUCUCCUGCUCAACAGGACCUACUCCUACAAGUUGGUGUGUGGAGAGGAGGAGAGAUCAGGCUUCCAGUUCACAGCCAAAAGGGACGACCUGGACUGGUCCCCGGAGCUGCUUGUGUACGGAGACAUGGGUCGCGUGGGCGGGGCUCCGAGUCUGGAGCGGCUGACACGAGAGGCGGAGACGGGAAAGUACGCCGCGGUGCUGCACGUGGGAGACUUCGCGUACGACCUGCACACCCAGGGUGGGAAGUAUGGCGAUGACUUUAUGAACAGGAUCCAGGAAAUAGCCACCAAGCUGGCCUACAUGACGUGCCCUGGAAACCAUGAGAUAGAGUUUGACUUCAACCCCUACCUGACCCGGUUCUCCAUGCCCCAGUCCGCCUGGCCCGGCAGCAUGGAUAAGAUGUGGUACAGCUUCAACCUGGGGAGGGCCCACUUCAUCAGUUACUCCUCAGAAGUAUACUUCACGGAGAGUCCUGAAGAGGAGCAGUACCGAUGGCUGGUGCAGGACCUGACGGAGGCUAACAGUGCCGAGAAUCGAACCCUGCACCCCUGGAUCAUUGCCUUCGGACACAGGCCCAUGUACUGCUCCAAUGUGGAUGGGGACGACUGCACCACACCCAGAAGUAAAGUCAGGGCAGGGCUGGAGGAUCUGUUUUACCGGCAGGGAGUGGACAUCAUCAUUGAGGCCCACGAGCACAGCUACGAGCGGCUUUGGCCCGUCUACAACUACACCCUCAUGGGCACAGACUACCGCGACCCCCGAGCGCCCGUGCACAUCAUCAGCGGCGCGGCCGGGUGUAACGAGUUUGACGGGGUCUGCAUAAACCCCAUGAUGGGCCCCAAAGGUCCGUGGUCGGCGUUCCGUGCGUGGCUGCCCGGGAUGUACGGGUACGGCCGUCUGCGCGUGCAGAACUCCUCGCACGUGCACUGGGAACAGGUGCUGGCCGUUAACGGUCAGGUCAUCGACUCGGCCUGGAUAGUGCAGCACCACCAUCACCCGUUCGGCGAGGAAUAAGCAAAAAUGGGGGGAGUUCAGAAAAUACCGGAAAAAGUUCUGAACAAACAUCAUCACCCGUUCGGGGAGGAAUGAGUAGGAACGAGUAGUUUAGCAAAUACCGGAAAAAGUUCUGGACAAAAAUCACCCAUUUGGGGAGGAAUGAGUAGAAAAAAGGGGGAGUUCAUCAGAACAAAAACUCUGAACACCAUCAUCUGUUUGGGGAGGAAUGAACUAAAAAAGGGAGAGAGUUUGGCAAGAACCAGAAAAAGAAAUUCUGAACAAACAUCACCACCCAUUUUAUGAAUUAUCAAAACUGAACAAAUCGCCGUAAACGGUCAGGUCAUCGACUCGGCCUGGAUAGUGCAGCACCACCAUCACCCAUUCGGGGAGGAAUGAGUAGAAAAAGAGGGAGUUCAUCAGAAAUCAGAACAAAAAAUCUGUACAUCGUCACCCAGUUGAUGAGGAAUAAGCAAAAAAUGGGGAGUUUGGCAAAUACCGGAAAAAGAAAUUCUGGACAAACAUCACCCGUUUGGGGAGGAAUAAGCAGAAAAAAGGGGUGGAGUUCAGAAAAAAGGGAUUUUUGACAGGUGAUAAACUCUGACUUGCCUGUUAGACAUCAUCAGUUGUUUGGAAAAAUUUGUCAAAAAUUAUUUUUUGAUAGCUAGCAGCCUCACUGAGGCUCUCACUUUCUACUUGGCAUACCGGGUCACCCCUACUAAGUGUGUUGGGUUCUUUAACGU